AUGAUAAAUAAUUCAUUAAUCAAAGUACAAGUGCAAGAAUUUAAUUCCCCUGCUAAACCUUAAAGAAGACUUAUUUAUCAAAGAAUUAAACCUUAUAUAUAAGCCUACGGAUUAUCUCCAGAUCUCUUUGAAGUGAAAGGUAAAUCAGUUGUUUGCAAAAAUAAUAAUCCAAACAACUAAAGUUAGCAAAAUAGAAGUAUGAUGUCAAUCAGAUCCAGUACUAAGAAACCAAAUCAAAAAAUAUCCAUUCAUAGACCAUAAACAGCCUCACUACAGUUGCCUAAUAAUUUUGACUUACCUAUCUCAAAUAAGUAUGCUAAUCUAUUCAAUGAAAUAAAGAAUGCUGAGAAUAAGCCGCAGUUUCAAUAUCUUUAAAAAGCUGAAAAAUCAUUGAUUUUUGAAGAAGCAGAUGAAACAUCAUAGUAAAGUAUUAUAAGGAAGCAUGAUUCAAUGUUAAAGCACAUAGCACAUCUUGAAAAGUAAGCAAGUUCAUUAUCAUUUUAGGGUUAAAAAGCAGAAAAUCUAAGAAUUAGAAAUGUUACAAAGCAAAAUCGAUGAAGUUAAAAAUGUAGACAUCAAUUCUUCACGUUUUAUCAUAAGAAAGAGUGUACAUAAAUCUACUCUUAGGGAGAAGAAGGAUAAGGCAGCCUCUUACAUUUAGGCUCAUGUUAAAGGCAGGAUUUAUUAGAAAAGAUAUAUAUUUUGGAAAAAAAAGCAGGAAGAACAAUUAAGAAAACUUAUUUUUAUAUAGAAAUGGUGGAAACUUUAGAUGAAGCAGUUAAAAAUAUAGAAAUAAUUUCGAAUAACUCAUCGGUCCAAAUAAGUGAGGUUAAUUGAAGAUAGUACCUUUCUUAUUAUUACUAAUUAUUCAUAUGUUUUAUAUAGGAUUAGAUUAUUAUUGAUAGAUAGAAAGAGAGUAAUGAAGGGAGUUUUCAGAUUGUAUUUGAAUUUAUAGAAUUGUUCAACUGUAUUAAAUGAGGAUAUAUCAAAAGAAUCGUUUGAAUUUGAAUCUUUAUUGAAUUUAAUUAUCAAUAACUUGAUAUAACUAAUCUAAAUUUAAGAUGAUCGUUUAAUUUUAGAUUUGUAAAACUAAAAUAUAAUUGAUAUUCCUCAUUUGAUGUUAUAAGUUUAUUUGAAGUUAAAUUUUAUUACUGCUAAUUAAUAUUCAUUAUUAAUACAUAUUAAAGAAGAAGCACUAAAGGAAUCAGCUCCAUAGAAUUAACUUGAGUAAUUAUAAUAAAAUCAUUAUUAAAAUUUAUAAACUGAAAACUUAGAGAAGGAUAAUUAAAAUAAUUGGGAUAUUUAAGUGUAAUUUAAUCCGGUAGAAUAGUAAGUAAACGAAUAAAUUGUUGAAUAAUCUUGCUAAAUAAUAGAAGAAUUUCAAUCAUAAGAAAGAUAAUAAAAUAUCAAUUUGUAACAAUAUAAUGAUGAAAAUACAGAAAUGGUAUAAAAUUAAGAUCAAGAUCAAAAUUCAAAAAUAUUGAAUACCCAAAAUAUGGUUGAAAUUUAAGAUAAAUAAGUUAUAGAAUAAGAGAAAUAAGAUAAUAACACCUUUUAAAAUGAAAAUUAUUGUACCGAUAAAGAAUUAAAAGAUUAAUAAAUUUAAUUUGAUGAUUUGAACAACGAUUAAAAUAGUGAGGCAAAAAGGAAUCAAGAUUAAGAAGAUAAUAUUUAAUAAAACUAAACAAACAACUAAAUCUAAUAAAUUUCUAUUUAAGAUUCAUAAAAUCCAUAAAUUAAGCAAAAUUCUGAAAUAAAAUCCAAAAUAAUCUUAGAUAUUAUUUAAGAGUCUCAAUAAUUUUAAUAAAGUUCUGAAAAUUUAAAUGAUGAAGAUAACUAAGAAAUACAAUAAAUCUCUAAUUAAAUUAAUUAUAAUAGUAUAUAAUCGAGUAAUAAAGUAAAAUUGUUUGAAUCAACAUAAAUAAAUCAAAAUGAAAUAUCAUCUUCAUAAAGACUAGUUGAUUUUGAUAGAUACCGUGAUUAAGAAGAGAUUUAAAUAAAUAAAGAAGAUAUUAUAUAAUAUCAAUAGAAUGAUGAAGAUGCUAAUUAACAGGAAAGUGUAAAAUGUUAGAAUUUAGAUUAUAAGUCAGUAAAAUAAGAUUAAUAGAUUAUAGCUUAACCAAUAGAAAAAACUUCAUAAAUAAAAUUAAGUCAAGAGAAUUUUGUAGAAAAUAAAAAUGAAGAAUUUGAAUGUAUGGAGAAUAAGGUGGAUAGACCAAUUGAAAUUUAAUAAGCAGAUGAUGAAGACGAUCAAUAAGAAAAAAUAGUAUAAUCAGAAUACAUAUAUUAUUAGAAUAGUAAUAUAUUUUCAUAAAAGAAUGAAGGAGAACCCUAAUCAAAGAUUUAUAAAAAGAAGGAUAAUCAAAAUUAAUAGCAAUAGCCUUCAUAAAUUGACUUUCAUCUGAUUAAGAGUUGCGAAAGCAAUAUAUUUGAACCAGUAAAAUACCUGAACUCUGGAGAACUGUUGAGUAGAACUAAUUUUCUUGCUUAAUUGGGAUAAUUGGAAAAAUUUGAAAAUGAGAACACGUCUUUAUUGGUUUCAGGAGACUUGAAAAAGGAAGUGGAGGGUUUACCAGAGCCUAUAAAUUUAAGGAAUAAUAACAAUAAUCAUUAAGAAUAGUUAUUAGAAUCUUAAUCUUUUCUACAAAGAAUGCCUAGUGAAUUUAGGUCUCCUCUUAUGGAUGAUACACUAAAAUUGAGUACAACAUUCAAAUUUUAAUUCAGUUCAGAGUUUAAGGCUUUUGAGAGUGGAUAAUUAAUUUCAUAAUUAUUUGAUAUUAAAGUUUAGUAGUAGGAUUCGCUUGAGUAUUCAUUAGAUGAAUCACAAGAUUUGCAACCUAUUUACAUCACAACAAUAAGAGUAGAUAAUAUUAAUGUAGAUGUUUACUAAAUUAAGGAUAUGUUAAGAUUAAAAGACAAGAAUAGUAUUUAUCAAUAAUUUGAUUUCAAGAUCUCUAAAAUACAAUAAUCAAACUGUGAUUAUAUAAUCUAAAAUUUAUUUGUGUACAUAAUAAAAAAUCGUAUUAAUUGCAUAGAAGGCAAUCAAAUAGUAAGAAUAUAAAGAUACUUAAGGAGAUUCAGAUUUAUUAAAUCAUGUGUAUUGACACUCCAUUAAGAAUCAAUUUUAAUAUGUUUAUUCAAAUCAUGUAAUUUAUGUAGCAAUAUAAUAAGUUUUUAGGGUGAAAUUGAGUAUUUAUGGAUAAGUGUAAUAAGGAGAGGAGAUCAUGAUUGAGAAAAUGGAGACGUAGGGCAGGAAAAUCCUGGAAAACAACUUUUACUCAAUUUGUCCAUUAGUAUUGUCUUCUUAGAUGGAAUUGGAAUAAAUGAUUUUGACAGCAAUAAAGGCUUUUGAUUUUGAGAGUGAGUGA